AUGGAGGCUGUUCUUGGAAAGAACUGCGAGACGGACAUCGCCGAGUGUGAGCAGAGCCCGUGCCAGAACGGCGCCGCCUGCGUGGAGAAGUCCAACAGCAGCCUGUACGAGAUGGGGCUGGUGAUCCCGGGCCUGCCGCCCACCUACAACUUCUCGACGGCCGGCGGCUACCUCUGUCUCUGCCUGCCCGGCUUCUCCGGCGACGACUGCGAGGUCAACAUUGACGAGUGCGCCUCCAAGCCGUGCAAGAACGGCGGCACGUGCGUGGACGGCAUCAACGACUACACGUGCCAGUGCUGGCCUGGCUAUGAGGGCGAGCACUGCCAGACGGAGAUCGACGAGUUCGUGCGGCUACAGCCGUGCCAUCGCGGCGUCUGCCAGGACCGCGUGGCCGACUACGUGUGCGAGUGCGAGGACGGCUUCGGCGGUAAGAACUGCUCGGUGGCGCUGCUCGGCUGCCGCGACGUCACCUGCCUCAGCGGCGGCACGUGCCAGCCGUUCGUCGUCAAUGAGACGGAGCACAUGUUCCGCUGCCGGUGCCCACCCGGCUUCUACGGCGACCUCUGCGAGAAGGAGACGACCGCCUCGUUCCAGGGCGCGUCGCACGUGCGCGUGUCCUCGCCGUCCGACGCCGACAACUACACGCUGAGUCUGCGCUUCCGGACCACGCUGCCGGACGGCCUGCUGCUGUCGGCCAGGGCCACUCCCGGCGGUGACUCGUUCUUCCGACUCCGCCUCAGCGGCGGCGCAGUCAACCUCUUCAGCAGCAUGCAGAACGCGCUGCAGGGCCUGACGGUGGGCGCGGCGCUGCACGACGCCGCCUGGCACCACGUGCUCAUGGCCAUCAACGGCUCAACGGCGGCGCUGUCGGUGGACGGCAGCGGCGCCCAUGAACCGUUGCGCGUCUCUUCGUCGGACGACACGCGGUUCGCCAGCACGAUGCUGGGUCACGCGGCCGCCAGCCACCUCCAGCUGUUCGUCAACACGAGCGGCUUCGUCGGCUGCAUGCAGGACAUCAUGGUGGACGGCGGGGCCGUGGUGCCGUCGAUGCUGCGGGAGGACCAGCAGGAGAACCUGACGCUAGGCUGCCCGCGCGAGGAACAGUGCUCCCCGAACCCGUGCAUGAACGCCGGCGCCUGCGUGGAUCUGUGGAGCCGGUACAGAUGCGACUGUGUUCGGCCCUUCCUCGGCCCAGUCUGUGACCGAAACAUCACGGCGGCCACAUUCAACCACGAGAACAGCAGCGGCUCGCUGGUGUCGGUGGCGGUAGAGCCGGCGUUCGCCGCCUCGCUCACCACCUUCGUCGACAUCUCGCUGUUCGCGCGCACGCGGCAGCCGGAUGGCAUGCUCUUCUACCUGGGCACGGACGUGGCGGACGUGCUGGGCGCCGGUGGCAUCACUUACCUGGCGGCCGAGCUGUCCGGCGGUCUGCUCCAGCUGCGCCUGAAGCUGGCCGCCGACCGCGAGGAGCUACUCGAGGUGCCCGGGCCGCGGCUCGACGACGGCGUCAACAACCUUGUCAGGGUGGUGCGCAACGACACCAUGCGCGUGCUGGUGAACGGCGCCGAGCGGGCCAACAUCAUCAACGGAGCCGGCCAGACGCGCCUGGUCGAGUUUUACCCGCUGAAUGACCCGAGCUUGCGCCUGCCGCCGCCGCUGGGCCUCGUGACCGCUGACCGGGUGCUGGCCGGCUCGGUCAGCGACGACACGUGCCGAGACGGCCCGUGCAGCAACAACGGCACGUGCGCCGUCACGUGGAACGAUUUUAGCUGCACCUGUCCGGAGGGCUACAAGGGCCGCACCUGCACCGAGCUCGAGUACUGCGUGUGGCACGAGUGUCCGGGCGACUCAACCUGCCACGACCUCGCCGACGGCCACGAGUGCGUGGCCAACGCCACCUUCAACGGCGUCAACAGCUCGGUGGCGUACGCGGCGCGGCUGUCGGCCGGCGCCGCGCUCGACUCCAUCUCGGUGGCGUUCCGCAGCCGUGCCGGCGGCCUGCUGCUCUCCCCGUUCCGCGGCUGCCUGUCGGCCGUGCGGCUGGGCGGCGUGCUGCUGCCGUUCCUGUCCGAUGAGGCGGUCAACAGCUCAGCCGCCGACAGGUUCGCCGUGCGUCAGCCCAUGCAGUUCGUGGCCGAGGACUGCACGUUGUGCUACCAGCACGAGUGCCAGAACGGCGGCGCGUGCGCCGCGCCGGCCGACGAGUUCGACUGCACGUGCCCGGCCGGCUUCAACGGCACCACCUGCCAGAACAACAUCGACGAGUGCCUGCUGGGCAACGAGUGCACGAACGGCGCCACCUGCGUGGACGGCGUCGACGGCUACUCCUGCGCCUGCGUGGGUGGGUACGUGGGCGAGCACUGCGAGACUGAGGUGGACGAGUGCGCUUCACUACCGUGCCAGCACGGCGCCACCUGCGUCGACCGCAUCAACAACUACACCUGCGUGUGCACUGACGAGUACAUCGGCCGCGACUGCGAGCAGAUGAAGGUCGUCAACUGCACGCACAAGCCGUGCCAGAACAGCGGCGUCUGCGUCGACGUAUUCGACGGCGAGGUGGCCGUCAACUACACGUGCGCGUGUCCGUUUGGUUUCGAGGGUCGCGACUGCGAGCUGGUCACGGACUUCUGCCAGCCUCAGCCGUGCCUGAACGACGGCACCUGCUCAUCGAACCCCGGCGUCGGCUACACCUGCCAGUGCGCGCUGGGUUUCGAGGGCGACGACUGCGAGAUCAACAUCGACGAGUGCGCCUCGACGCCCUGUCAGAACGGCGGCACGUGUCUCGACCAAGUGAACUCGUUCGUGUGCUCCUGCCCGUCGGGUUGGACGGGACGCCUCUGCGACACAGACACCCCUGAGUGUCAGUUCUCGCCGUGCCAAAACGGCGGCAACUGUACAGAGCUGCCGGGAAGCUUCGAGUGCACCUGCCUGCCCGAGUUCUGCGGCAGGUCGUGCGACCUCAACAACCACUGCGUCGAGAAGGUGGACGAUUGCAAGAACGGCGGCGUCUGCGUGCCCUACUGCGACGGCGACCGCAACAACUACAGCGUCCGCAACACGACCUGCAUGUGCUUCGACGGCUACUACGGCCCCACGUGCGAGGACCGGUCGCGCACGGGGGAGAUCAUGAUGGUGGUGGCGCCAGUGCUCAGUAUACUGCUGCUCGCGGCCAUAGUCGGCAUGGUCAUCUUCACAACCAUGGCCAAGAACAAGCGAGCCACGCGCGGCACCUACAGUCCGAGUCGACAGGAGAUGUUCAACCCGCGCGUAGAGAUGGGCAACAUGAAGAAGCCACCGCCCGAGGAGCGGCUCAUCUGACGGGCCACGCCCUCGAGGCGUAGAGACACGCCUAGCGAACACUCCCGGCGACGGGGAACGAGCCGUCCGCAGCACAUUCCAGCGAGAGGCAGCGGUGACGCGUCCGCGUCAGCCAGCAGCCGUGAC